GGCGCAGUUGGGCGGCUUAACGGGCGGGAGGCGUGGCCAGCGCGCGGCGGGGGGCGUGGCGAGGCGCGGGGCGUGCCGGGUAUAAAAUGUCGCGCCCGGUGGUGCCGCCGCCAUUCUGAAGGCUGGUGGAGGUUUGGUUGGUCUUGAGAGACGCCGUCGCCUUUACCACGAGAGAACAAACCAAUACAAACAAUACAAAAUACAAUACAAAACGCGAACAAAACAACAAAAAUAUAUAAAUAUACAACAAAGAGGGGAAGGAAAAACCAGGUUUUCUCUCCCCCUUUGCCGUGAAGAGCCGCCGCAGCCUCUCCGUCCUUUGGACCGUCCUUGGAAGCCGUUCCAAACCCGAAGGAAACUGCCACUUUAAAAAACAUAUUUCCCUCUUCUUUCCCUAAAACAAAACAAAGGCAAAACCCACUUUUUUUUCGAGCAGAAAAAAAAAAAACCCAGGCAACUUUUUUUUUUUUCAUUAUUAUUUUUUGGUUUCUAGCUCGACCAGUUAAGCUCGAUCCACUCCUUUAGGGCUUUAAAAAAUAAGAAAACCCAAGGAAAACAAAAAAAAACUUAAAAAUAUACCCAAAAUACCCGUCAAGCUGCAAAAAAAAAGUUGCUGCGUUUUUUUAAAGCCAUGAUUAAAAACAAACGAAUUUUUUGGCUUUAACACCACCUCCAAAUGCCAAAAUCCAAACCUUGAAGCGCUGUCGGCUGAGAAAAAAAAUUGGAUACUUAGGAAGCUUUACUUCAGCAAAGGGAGGGAACAGCCACAACCCGGCCCGCUCCUGCCAUGGGCUCCGGCCCCAUCGACCCCCGGGAGCUCCUGAAGGGCCUCGAUUGUUUCCUGGGCCGGGAUGGGGAGGUCAAAACCAUGGACGGGAUCUCCAAAAUCUUCAGCCUGAUGAAGGACUCGCAGAAGAUGGUGAGCCGCUGCAUUUACCUGAACAUCCUCCUGCAGACCCGCGCCCACGACAUCCUCAACAAGUUCAUCCGCAUCGGGGGCUACAAGCUGCUCAACACGUGGCUGACGGGCUCCAAGGCCGCCAACAACGUUCCCUUCCUGCAGCAGCUGCUGCUGACGCUGCAGCACCUCCCGCUCACCGUGGAGCACCUGAAACAGCCCUUCCAGGGCCCUUAG